AUCCCUUAUUCCGCCAUAUCGGGCUCUCAGCUUUGCUUCUCCAUACUUCUCCCUCGUCUCUCACCACCUCUGCGCCUCCUGCCUCCGUUCACGCCCUCGGCGACACUCCGGUCAGCCGGUCACUCCCUCGCUCCUCAGUCCUCACUUCAUCGACUCAGCAGUUGCGUCCGUACGGGACUCAGGCACUCAGCGGAGACCGUACGGGACUUAGGCACUCAGCGGCUCUGCGACCUCAACUCAGCUUCGCCCCUCAGCUAGUCAGCUGCUUCACUGAGUCACAAUAAAUCCAUGGCUCAAGUUGAGCACCUAGAGACAAUGUGGGAAGAAGAGAAGAAGGACAAUUGUAAUGGAGAAGAACAAAAUCCAGUGAAUACAAAUAAGAGAAAGUACAAGGAAGUUGCAGUAUUUGGGAACUAUAGAAACUACUAUGGAUACAGAAUUGGCCUUGAUGAAGAUCCUAGGUUAAAGGCUAUGAAGAAAGAAUGGUUUGAAGGCAAGAAUUGUCUUGAUAUUGGCUGCAAUAGUGGAGCUGUUACUAUUGCUAUUGCUCAAAAGUUUUGUUGCCGAAGCAUUCUUGGAAUUGACAUCGAUAGUGAUCGAGUUACGGAUUCUUAUUGGCAUCUCAAGAAAGUAGAAAGGGCUCAUGAGAGAUUGCUAUUGAAAACAUCUAAACAAGUGGAUUCUAAGAGGUUAAAUGGUUUGGAGGGCCAUCUAGCAGAGUCUCUUAAUGGCAGAACAAGGGAUGAUUCUGAAGAAUCUCAUGCAUCAGGAAGGAGAGAUUUGUCUGACAUAGUGUCUUUUAAAAAGGCAAAUUUCAUUAAACAUUGGAAUACACCAGAAGAUGUGCCUUUUGAUACAAUUAUAUGUUUAAGUGUGUCAAAAUGGGUGCAGUUGAAUUGGGGUGAUGAGGGAUUAAUCACCUUAUUUGUGAAAGCCUGGAGGCUUCUUCGACCGGGUGGUGUGUUUAUUUUGGAACCGCAGCCCUGGAAUUCAUAUCAUAAAAAUCGUCUUGUCUCAGAGACAACUAGAAUUAAUUAUCAAAAUAUAAAGAUCCAUCCCGAAGAUUUUCAGGACGUACUUUUGGACAAGAUUGGAUUUCGGAGGGUAGAAGACAUAACUUCUAAUGCGUCUGGUCAAAAAUCUGGAUUUCAAAGACCUAUUUUUGCAUUCUGGAAAUGAUUGAUCCACUUCUUCAUGGAUGAUAGUGAAUGCCUUACUGUUAUGUAUAUGCAUAUUUUGUAUCAGAUAGAGGGAUUUACAGGUAAAAUGUUGCAUGUGAUAUUAGUUGGUGGUUUUGUCUUCACCACCUUGUUGACUGAUCUUGUUCUAUAUAUAUGUAUUAAUUAUUCGAAAUGUGUGUGUUUACUACAAUGCCUUUCACUAAUUAAAAGUGAGGUUUUAAAUUUUAUUUA